GUUUCUUUUCCCAAGGAGGAUAUUCUUCUUCUCGGCAACCGCUUCAAGUUGGGGGUCAUUGGGAGCUUAUAGCGCAGGCCUCCUUUUCCGACGAUGGAAGCAUUCCUAAACAGGCUCGGUCUCAUAGGCAAGUUCUCCUUAUCCAUUCUCUCCACUAGGAAAUUCUUGAUCAACUUUGAUGCUAAGGAAGACUACCUUCGCGUCCUAUGUCGUAAGACAUGGGAUAUACAUGGCCGGUUGAUGAGAGUCACUAAAUGGAGCCCUGGCCUUUCGCCGGAGAUUGACAAUCCUAUUGUUCCGGUGUGGAUUUCCAUACCAGACCUGCCUAUACAUCUUCAUGAUAUGAGGGCUCUCAAACUUAUCCUCUCCCAUCUUGGCAACCCCAUUAUGGUGGAUCUCAACACCAAAAAUUUCUCUCGUCCUACUCUUGCCAGGGUCUGUGUGAAGAUGGAUGUCUCUAACCUUCCGGUUCCUAAGGUCCUUAUCAUUCAUGGUCAAGAGGAAUUGAUCUUCCCAAUCUUUUUUGAAAAUCAACCGGAAUAUUGCAAGAAGUGCCGGAAACUGGGGCACAACGCCAGCAAGUGUGGUGGGGUCAAGGUUGUACUCGCUACUUUGAGCUCUGAAACGAGACAUGGGGAAGGGGACAACUCUGUCCAGCUGGUGAACAAAGGCCAGAGAGAAGGGAAAGAGCACGUGAAGGAGGAUUCCUGGCAUAUAGUCCACUCCAAAAAAGAAAUAUCCAAGAAAGGCAGUCACUGGCGCGUGAAAAACCCUAAUGUCAUGCAGGAACAUGAACAAACUUCUAAUUGGAAAGGUGGCCCAGGUGAAUCAUCUCUCUCUGCUGGGACUCACUCCCACGUGGUUAUGGAUGGUAUCAACCUAAAUGACAAUCCCAAGGUGGUUUUCAAAGGCUCCACUUACGCCAUUAACGAUCCAAACUUCCUUAGCACGAAUACCAUGCGUCACCUUUUCCAGUACACCACACCCUCACCUAUCCUGGAGAAAGUCCCACUUAAUGAAGAGAUUUCCCUGGUGCCUUACAUGGGCUUUCGUGAUGAUCAUGGGCUCUCCCUCGCUCAGCAUGACAUUGGUGGUGAUACGUGCAUGUUCUCUGAUGGUGAUAGUGCUGAUAGUGACCUCGAAGAGAUUGACAUGCAGGUCCUCUCACCUCUUCCUAAGGGAAUGGAUGCUAUCCUGGAUACUCCCUUCCCCAAGUCCACUUCCAAGGCUCUUAAGGAAGAGCCUCAAAUCACAUCGUGUCUUUUCCUUCAUGUGCCUACUCAAAAACAAAUUUGGAUCUCCUCAGUUUAUGGGAAACACACUAGAGCGAAUAGACUUGACCUCUGGGAAUCUCUUAGAGCCCACAAAACCUCUGUUACCGCUUGGCUUGUGGGAGGGGACUUCAAUGCAAUCACCUCCUAUGAAAAACACAAAGGUAAAAGUACUCUUUGCCACAUGAGCAUGGAUGACUUCAUCGAAGCACUGGAUUUUUGUGAACUUUCCUCUCCUCAAGUUUCUGGGGGAGCAUUCACUUGGUUUGGUAAUAGAUCAAGAGGUAGAGUUUUCAAAAGACUUGAUAGAGUUCUCAACAAUGAGAAACUCUUUGAUCUCUUCAGUGAAGUGUCUGUUAGGCAUAAAGGAAGAGGCCUCUCAGACCAUAAAGCUCUUUUGGUGCUUCUUAAUAAUCCUAUGCCUUCUUGUCCCAAGCCUUUCAGGAAUGUGAAUUGAAAUAGGGUAGUAGGUAUGUAGGAUAAAUUUAAUUAAGUUGGAAUAUUAAAUUUAAUUAAUUAAAAUGUUAAGUUGCUAGUAAUUGUUGUAAUGUUAUAAUUAAUUUAUCUGGCCAAUUUAUUAAUUAAUUAUUGAAAAAUUAUAAUAUCCAUUUGUCUAUGAAUGUGAAAAAUAAUUUAGUCAACCAAUACUAGCACAUUAAUGAAACUUAGAGAUAAGA